UUCUCAGUUGCUCACUUCAUAAGUCUGACUACGAAUACAAAUAAAUACAAAAUACCAUUCCAUAAGUAAAAUAUGGCUAAAAGGCAAUAUUUUGUAGCGCUUGUGACUAGGAAUCCUUAAUUUAUAAUGCAUUUAAAGGUACAAAAUUGAAUGGUGUAUAGUAUUUUAAUAGAAAUUGAUCUAAUUGGCGAGAAUACCAUUGUCUAAUCAAUAAUGAAUAAGUAGCGGAAUAAUAACAGUUUUUAAAGUGAAGAAGUGAGCACGCUCUUUAGAAAAUGAGUGCAAGAAAUAAAUCGGGAAAUAAACAGGAUGACCGCAGCGUUGAGACGUUGGCGGAGGUAUUUCGGUGUUUUAUUUGUAUGGAAAAGUUGAGGGACGCUCAUCUGUGUCCGCAUUGCUCAAAAUUAUGCUGUUACAUUUGUAUCAGACGAUGGUUAACGGAACAACGGUCGCAGUGCCCACACUGCAGGGCGUCAUUGCACUUGCACGAGCUGGUAAAUUGCAGAUGGGUUGAGGAAGUUACACAGCAGCUGGAUUCCUUGCAGGCUGUAAGUGGGACACGUUGUGAGGACAAUGAACGAGACAAGGCAAGGUGCUCGACUCAUAUGGAAAAAUUGUCUGUUUAUUGCUGGACUUGUCGAUGCUGCAUUUGCCAUCAAUGCGCCCUAUGGGGUGGAACGCACUCCGGGCAUACAUUUAAACCGUUAGAGGAAGUUUACGAGCAGCACGUCACCCAAAUUAAAGAUGAAGUGGCACAGUUAAGACGACGUCUAAUGGAACUUAUUAGUAUUGUACAGGAAGUGGAACGGAACGUCGAAUCGGUGCGAUCGGCUAAAGACGAUCGAGUUAGAGAAAUUCGUAAUGCCGUAGAACUGAUGAUUGCUCGACUGGACUCUCAGUUAAAAACAAAACUGCUCACUCUUAUGGGACAGAAAGAUUCCCUUACUCAGGAAACAGAGCAACUCGAACAUCUGCUACAUGAAAUAGAACAUCAACUAAACACAUGCACCCGCUCAGAGCUAAUUUCCAAAAGUGGCGAAUUGUCCCGAAUGAUUCAUGCGAUACGCAAAAAGCCUAUGACGAGCUUUGUAACUGCACCCGUACCUGCCGAUUUUCAUAGCGAGAUCGUACCUAAUUACGACAGCAGCACAUUCGUGAUGCACGGCUUUUCGCACAUUCAGCACAAAGCAGAUCCCGUGUACUCGACACCCUUGCACUGCAAUGGACUUUGUUGGCGUUUGAAAGUAUAUCCCGAUGGUAAUGGUGUUGUGCGAGGCAAUUAUCUAUCUGUAUUCUUAGAGUUGAGCGCCGGUUUUCCGGAAACAUCCAAAUACGAGUACCGGGUCGAAAUGAUCCAUCAGGCGAGUCGUGACGCGUCCAAAAAUAUUGUUAGGGAAUUUGCUUCCGAUUUUGAAGUGGGUGAAUGUUGGGGGUACAAUCGGUUUUUCAGGUUGGAUCUUCUAGUUAGCGAAGGUUACCUGAACAUCGCCCUGGACACGUUGAUAUUAAGAUUCCACGUGCGAGCGCCCACGUUUUACCAACGUUGCCGAGACCAGCAGUGGUAUAUUAAUCAACUUCAAACUGUUCAAAAUCAGUAUAUUUCGCAAAUAAAUGAAUCGAAAGAGAGGUUAGCGGCAGAAAUCUCUCGGAACGCGGUAGCAUCAUUUAGCACAGUCAGUGCUAACCAGGCAGCGGAACUAGGAGAGUCCAAGAAUUUAUUUACUGUGCCCGUAACGCCAGUAGCCAUACCAGUAUUAACCAGUUUAGAGGCAUCUCCGUCAGCUUCACGUUCACUUAAAGAAGUGCACCCAGUUACCUUGUGUGCAUUCACUAAGACUUUGUUGUCAAGCGCAAUCAAUCCACGUACUGCCAGAAGCAAUGCAGGCGGAGACGUCCCACAAAAUCCAUCAACUGCAAGUGUACCUGAAAUACCCACCAAUAACUUGUCUUCCACUUCAAUUCAAACUCAGGUUACUCAGAAGUCGCCGUCGAGUGAUAGUGCCUCUGUUAAUCAAAAUGACAGUAAUGGCGUAUCAGAUUUGCCACAUCAUUUAUUUGCGCUUAGCCUAUCGGUAAGCUCGCCCAGUUUAUUCAAUUCUCUCACAGUGAGCAGCGGAAGUAGCGAUACAGAGGAUAUGAGCGAACCAGAAGCGAUUUUUGAAGAAGACCAACGACCGAAUUUAAUUACGGUUGAUUCGAAUGACGAAAAUGACGUGGACGAUGAAACAAUGUCAGGUGAAAAUGAUGUUGAAUAUGCCGAGUUUUCUAUGGCGCAACGAAUGUUGGUUCGUGAACCAAGUCCUGCAGGCGCCGUUGGCGUCACGUCACCAACACGAACUGAUCGAUCUUUCGAAGAUAAGAUAGUGUUAUUCGAUUUAUUAGACAGGCACAGGCAAUCCGCGAGCAACACUAUCGAGUCUGAGGCACCGUGGAGUCACUCGGGCACAAGAGCAGGAAAUGACUACAACUUACCUUUGAUUGAUCUUACUCAAGCAGACAGUCCUGUAAAUAUUGGAAUGCUAAACAAAAAUUCCAAACCGAGAAAAAGUACAGAACAAAAUGGUGGGAAUAAUUCCGUUUCGAGAAGUUUUGAUAAUGCAACUUUCACUGAAAUUGUUUAUUUAGAUCAAUUGAAAAAUGAUAAAUAUGUAUGUCCGUUGCUGGAGUCUCUUAUUCAAGGAAGAAAUCAGUUAGAUCGGCGUACUAAUAAUUUUUUACCUCUUUUCCCUUCAUCUUCCGAACUGAAGGAAAUGCGCAAGACAACCGAUUUUGUUGUUCCAAAGCCAUCAGUUUCUUUAUUGCAUCCAUCUACGUCAGGCUCUCAGAAUACAUCACAAAUCGCGUCUGCAGAUGCAGUGUUUGGAGCAAACUCCGCAUUUAGUUGGACACCUUCUUUACUAAGCCAACGAAAGAUUACAGGGCAUAGUUCUAAAGGUAUUCCAAGAGAUGGUAAACCAGAAAAAGAAUCGUCAGCGGAAAAGAAGAAAAAUAAUCGUGAAAAAUCGCCUGAACGACCCAAUUCCAAUUGAUUAUCUGAUUUGGCAUCUGUGCGUCCAUUCCUAGUACAUUUAAAUAUUAAGUUGUAACAGGGAAUUGUAGUGAAAUAUUUAAAUUAUUUUUGUUUCGUAUAAUGUUAUCAUAUCGGAAGGUAUAAUAAUACACAUACUACUUUUUGAACAUUUA